AUGCCAAUUGUUCCGCUCCACGUGGGCGGCACGGCAGGCAUGAAGGUGGAAAAGAUCAAGGAGGAGAAUGCGGAGCAGGUUGGAGACGUGCCCGGCAUCAAGCUCGAGUCUCCAAUCAAGAAAGAGCUUCGUCAGCCAGGCGAGGAUUCCGUUCAGCCCGUAAAGCGUCCGCGCCUUCGCCGUCACGACAUGCAGGUGGGCCAAAACGUGGCCGACGCCUGCGGGAAGAUUGGAAUGAAAGAGGAGGGCCUUGACUUGCACAGCUUUUGGCUGCAGGUGAAGCAGGAGGUCAAAGAAGAAGCGCAGUCGAUGGACAAGAUCGAAGCAGGCAUGGUGGUCAAAGAGGAGCAUGCAGAGAGCAGCCACCAGGUCGCAAGUGAAGCUGUUGCCCCAAUCACCGUGAAGGCUGAGCCCCAAGCAGGAGGAUCCGUCUCCAAGCUGGAGAAGGUGAAAAUGGAGCCGGCAAGAUUGCCAGAGGCCUCAACCGCUGGCGUGGUGAAAGUGGAGCCGGGCUCCUCAGCAGAGGCUCGCCCUCAACGGACCGACCCUGCCGAUGGCAAGCCGGCCCCGCCGGAGUUUGAGGAGCAGGUGGCUUUGUGGGCCCGACAAUGCGCCGAGUUCCGGAAGAGGGCCACUUGGAUGCCCACAAGGCCCUGCUGUCCGGCGAACGUCUUCUUCAGCAACCCGGUGGCGCCACAGGAGAACGACCCGCCCUGCGUGCAGCGCUUGUCCCAGAAGGAGCUGAGCUGCCUGCGGCGGUUCUUCGAGCGUGGACAUCCCGUUUUUUCCGCUGCACUGGAGACUGGCCCAACGGCAAAGGUCCCAACACGCGCGGUCUCAGGAGCUGCGGCCGCUUCGGCAGCCGCGCAAGAGGAAGCAGGCUUACCGGCCAGCGGCGCGGCAUGCAUGAAGAUGUGGCCCUGGAUGCGGGACCUGCCCAGCAACAUCUGGGCUGGCCGCGGCUGGGCCUACGAUGAGCAGAGCGGCCCAAGGCGCUUGUCCUCCUCAGGUGGUGCGGACGCCAUGAAAGGCGUCCAGGUCUGGGAGUCCAUUGGCACGGCCGAGCAGCCAGCUGCAGCUUUGGAGCAGCCGCGGCCUGUCGACAGAGCUGCGCCUGGCCAAAGUGCGAGUCUAGUGCCAGCUGUCCCAAACCACGGGGUGAAGCCGGCGCGGGUUCUGUCCAAACAGCAGGAGAAGCAGAGUGGGGUUCCUGGCAUUAGUUGGGAUUCAAGCAGCUUCCGUUGGCAGCUCAGAUGGACUGAGACAGGCCAAAAAGGGGGAGAAGCUGCUCGCCACAUCCAAAAUUUCAGCGCCAGCGGCUUCAUGAAGGAUGGCCUCAACGAGGCGGAAGCCGAGGCCGCCGCCCUGGAGGCCGCCAAGGCCUUCCGCGCGCAGCUGGUGGCCCAGGGCCGCAUCAAGGAGAAGCUCCGGGACCAGAGCCUCACCUCCGACGUGCCCGGGGUGAAAUUUGAAAAGGCGAGAAAGAAGUGGCGGGUAAUGAUCCCCAAGGCCGGCGGAGGGAGCAUUUGUGGCGGCUGCUUCACGGAGAAGGCCGAGGCGGAGGCGAGGGCCCUGCAGCUGCGGGAGCUCCACGGCCUGCAGCGCACUGUGAAGGCCUCCGCCUCCCGGGAGGAGCACGCUGCCGCGGUGGCGCAGCUCCCGGUCUUUCAGCCCAAGGUGCCCUUCCCGGGCGUCAAUUGGGAACGCAAAAAACAGUCAUGGCACGCUCAGCUCACGCGCAACAAACGCAAGAAGGAUUCGAGGUUCAAGCCCCUGGACCACUCGGAGGCGGAGCUGGAGAAGGCCUUCGUGAAAGCCGUGGCCUGGCUCAAGAAGCAGCGGAAGGAGAUGGCAUCUCAGGGCAUGGCAGCGAAAGGAAAGAAGGGGAAGAGUAAGAAGGCCUGA